GCCCUGCACAGAAGCAGGCUCUGCCUCCUACCCACAGUCCCUGGGUUGAUGAGAGGACCCAGAAGGUAAGAGAGAAGCAGUCUUGGAGAAGGGAAGUCAGCACCACCGCAGCGCCCAGGGCGGGGCGGGUGGCCUCCAGAAGGUGCGGCCCUGGAAGAAAGGUGCAGGAGGAAUGCAGAGGAACCAAAUAAGCGAUCAGGAAAAGAAUCACUAUAAUAAAAUGAGCGAACACCAGGUGCUCCUAGCCUCUGACUUAGACUUCCUUCUGGAAAACAGCAGCUCUCCCUAUGACUACAGAGGAGAAAACGACAGUGACUCCUGCUGCGCCUCCCCACCCUGCCAGCAGGACUACAGCCUCAACUUCGACAGGGCCGUCCUGCCGGUCCUCUACAGCCUCCUCUUUGUGCUGGGGCUGCUGGGCAACGGCGCGGUGGCCACCGUGCUGCUGAGCCAGCGGGCGGCCCUGAGCAGCACUGACAUCUUCCUGCUACACCUGGCGGUGGCUGAUGUGCUGCUGGUGCUGACCCUCCCGCUCUGGGCGGUGGACGCUGCUGUCCAGUGGGUCUUUGGCUCAGGCCUCUGCAAAGUGGCCGGUGCCCUCUUCCACAUCAACUUCUAUGCAGGGGCCCUCCUGCUGGCCUGCAUCAGCAUUGACAGGUACCGGAGCAUCGUGCAUGCCACCCAACUCUACCGCCGGGUGUCCCUGGGCCGCAUACCCCUCAUCUGUAUCAUUGUCUGGGGGCUCUGCCUGCUCUUUACCGUCCCUGACUUCAUCUACCUGUCGGCCCAGCACGAUAUGCGCCUCAAUGCCACCUUCUGCCAGUACACCAUCACGAAGUGGCGCCGCACACUUCUGCAAGGACUGCAGCUGGUGGCUGGCUUCCUGCUGCCCUUGCUGGUCAUGGCCUACUGCUACACCCGCAUCCUGACUGUGCUGCUGCUCUCCAGAGGCCGACGGCGGCUGCGAGCCAUGCGGCUAGUGGUUACGGUGGUGGUGGCCUUCACCCUCUGUUGGAGCCCCUACCACCUGGCUCUGCUGGUGGACACCCUCAUGGAACUGGGGGCCUUGGCCCGCAACUGUGGUCGAGAAAGCCAGGUAGACGUGGCCAAGUCAGUCACCGCAGGUCUGGGCUACCUACACUGCUGCCUGAACCCCUUGCUCUAUGCCUUUGUGGGCGUCAAGUUCCGAGAGCACAUGUGGAUGCUGUUUAUGCGCCUGGGGUGCCCAGUGCAGAGAGGGCAGCCGUCGUCUUCCCGCCGGGAUUCAUCCUGGUCUGAGACCACAGAGGCCUCCUACUCAGGUUUGUGAGGCUGGCUUGGGGGAUCCCCUCUUGCCACCUGUUUUCCUCCUCAUGCCAUCUGACUUCCUCCUCAUGCCAGUCUCCUCCCCACUCUUGUCAAUAAGCCUAGCUCCCCACACUCCUGGGAUUGCUCAGCAGCCCCAGCACCCCCAGGUUUCUCAGGGAGCCGCCCUCCUGCCUCCAGGGGCUGCUCCUGUGCUG